CUCAGAGAACACACUCUCUAACUAAGUGUGGAACAAUACUGUCAUUUAUUUCAGUGUUGAUCAUGUACAGGUGAGCAUAUAUGUUUGUCAGCGAUAUGGACAUUUUUCAUCUUUUUCUGCUUUCACUUCCAAUAGCUGCUCCAAAAGGCUCUCAUUCUUUGUGGGUGCUUGCAACGUACAUUAAAGGACAAACGCCAUUUCCUGAAUUUAGCUAUGUAGUGAUGUUGGAUGAUGUCAGAGUUUUGUACUAUAACGGUGAGACGAAGACUCUCACUCCCAGAGGAAAUACAACAACUGAAGACGACGUGUUCAAUUCAAAUGUUCUGCUCACCAUAAGUGACAACAUACAAUCAUCUUUUAUGGAAAAAUGGGUAGUAGCAACAAAUAAUGUAAAUAAAACUUACAGUGUUCUUGCCCUCCAGAGGCUGGUUGUGUGUGAACUGAGGGACGAUGGUGAACCGGGACAAAUGAUCACACAAGAUGCUGUCAAAGGCUCCACCACUGAUGAGUUGCUAUAUGUUGACAAGAACUUCACAUACCAGGGUAAUUUAAACGUCACGGCCCAAGUGCUGAAUGUCCAUCUUAAAAUCAGCAUGUGGAAUCAUGAACAUUUAUACCAGCCAUUCUGCAUCAAAACACUCAAGGGUUACCUUGAAAAGAGGAGAAAUCAAGUCAAUAGAAAAGUGAAACCCAAAGUCAGGCUCCUCAAGAAAGAACUGUCUUCCGGGUUUCGUGUGAGUUGUUUGGCAACAGGAUUUUACCCUCGUCACAUCAACCUGACCCUGUUCAGAGAUGGACAGCCUGUAUCUGAUCAUGAGAUCACUGGAGGAGAUCUGCUGCCCAAUGGUGACGGGACGUACCAGAUGAGGAAGAGUCUGGAGAUCAGUGCGGAAGAAAACAAAUACACCUGCUCUGCCACACACAUCAGUCUGGACAACAAACUGGAUGUCACUUUGGAGUAUGAUCACGGGGAACCAUUUAAAUCAGUGAUUCCUUCCAUUCUGAUGGUUUUGGUUCUGAUGUUAGUGUUUGGAGUAGCAGCUGCUAUAACUUCAUGGAAAAGACAAUGUGCAGAUUCCAUUAAAAGUGGCUAUUCUACUGCUUCUGCAUCUGAAGAAAGUGUGACACAUCAAACUUUGUCAAUGUCAUGAGACAAAUUGACACUAAUGAGUGGAGAAACUUCUUUUAAACAGCAGACAAAGUAUAUUCUGGCAAAGUGUCAUAAGUGUUUCUUUUUUUUUCCUGUUUGCAUGAAGCCUAUAAUGUCAAGACUAUGUCUGCAAAGGUCAUUAUAAAUCCUUUGAUUUGUUGACCUAAAAUGCUAAAUUGUGGAAAAGUUUCAGACAAAUGUACAUAAUUACUACAAACCAUGCACUCUAUAAUACUUUUAGUCAUUUUGUUGGUGUUUUCCUGGUAUAAUAUCUGUGCAUAUUAUCCUUUAAUGUCAUACAUUUUAUAAUUGUAGUAUAAAAAUAUAAAAAGCUCAUGCUUAUAAAAUAAGUCAUGCUUGCCACAGAGAUGGUAUUAAUAAAGUGGAU